CCUGGCUGUUAUUGGCCUCAUCAAGCCUUUGGGAUCCUUGGUUUGCACAUCAGAAGUACAAGCCAGAUGGGUCACACGGGUCCUAAAGGGCUUGAAUGAACUACCAUCACCAGAGGCCAUGAGAGAAGACAUUAACAAAAGGAAAGCCAAUAAAGCCACGGGGUUUGGCUUAUACUUCAAUCAGGUUUUGCAAACAGAUUGUGUCAUAUACCUAGAUGAGCUCUUGUCCUUCAUCGAUGCAAAGCCCAACUUGUUAUCUCUGCUCCUGGUGGAUCCACUACUGGCUUUUAAGGUUUUCUUUGGCCCACUUACCCCAUACCAGUACCGUCUGACUGGCCCAGGGAAGUGGGAUGGAGCCAGGAAUGCCAUUCUGACCCAGUGGGACCGCACAAUCAAGCCAACAAAAACUCGAGUUGUACAAGAGCCUCCAGAUACUUUUUCCUACCUACUCAAAGUCUUCAGCUUUUGGGCUCUAUUUGUUGCUAUAUUUCUUAUUUUCCAAUAACUGAAACCUUUGGUACCUUAGAACAAAUGCACAGGAUAGUAGAGUAAUCUCCUAUAUCCUCCAUCAGAGCAGAGCCUUCACUCCUGUGGGUCUUUCCCAAAAUACCUAACUUGAGGCCUUAUUCUCCCCACCUGAAUCCACAUGCACUCUAGAAACUCUAUGGAAGCCCUAUUGGUCAAUAGCGUUCAGCGUGUACUUUUCCCACCCUUGUCCCUCUCCAGCUUUAUACUGACCUCUAUAUUCUACCAACCUAUGUGGAGGACAGUUUUCUGCAAAAUUUCAAACAAUACAUAAAUGUGAGCUAUGAUUAUGGGAAUUGUUUUUUUAAUCUUUAUUAUCUACACUAAUGCCAGUGGAAUAAAAUAGUUUUUCCUGAUUUUGGUAGUUUCAGAGGAGAUACCAAUCUAAGUAGCUAUACUUUCUCUCCUUUGAGAAAUCUUGUUAAUUCAAUUUGUGUACCAUAGGCUGCCAAAGCUUUGCAAAUACUAGGUCUGUAUAGAGGUUGUAUGCUAUGCAUUUCACUGAAAAACAAUA